AACUUAGGAGCACACCUCCUUUCGCUUUUCGCCCAGAUCGGUCGGGAAACGCUCCUCCGGCGAUCGCCCGACGCCGUCCGUUUCAUUUCCACCUUGUUCAUUCGAUUGCAGGUUCUUGGCCAUGGAAUGCUUAAAGACGAACUUAAUGAGACUACCCAGGAGCACCAGGGCACUAAUCUUGAAACAUGAUUUUGGCUGGCAUGUAUUUUUUUGCACUAAAGGAAGUUGGACCUGGCACAAGAUUACACAUACCCUUGUAUUGAGCCAUCAGGUAGAUUAUGGAUGAGGCGCAGGAGGCUGACAUAUUCACACAGUUCUUAUACAAGUUCGCAAGAUUUCCCUAGAUAUUUUAGCAUGAUAUACCCAUCUCAGUCAUUCCUCUAUGGACACAAAUCUUCAAGAACCUUUGCUAUACCCAUAAAUGUGGGUGUUGAACCAUCCUCAUUAUCAGAAGAAAAAAACACAAAUGGUGCUAAUGAGAUCAUGCUGGAGGAUACAUCAGAAGUGGGCUCACCCAGAAAGUUGACAUCUGAUGAGUUGAAAGCACUACUACUUGACUCUGAAAGAAAAAAACUUAUGCAGAAACUCAGCGAAGCUAAUCAGAAUAACAGAUUCUUCAAAAGACAGUUGCUUGUAGAAGAGGAUGCAUUAACCAAGUACAAAAAUGAACUUGCUGUCUUGGAACUUGAGCUUCAGGCUUUGGUUGGCCUAGCAGAAGAGGUAGCUAACAGUGGAAUCCCACUUGACUCGAGGAAGAUCAAUGGAAAAUAUAUCCAAUCCCACCUCCUUGCCAGAUUAGAAGUGGUGCAUGAAAAAGUUAAGGAGCAGAUAAAGGAUGUUGACUUACUGAGAUUUGAGGAGGUUGAAUUAUUCUGGGUCGGCAUGGCUGAGAGCGUCCAAGUUAAGGGCUCAUUCGAUGGUUGGACCAAAGGGGAGGAGAUGUCACCAGAAUAUAGUGGCAAUUGUGCCAGAUUUUCUGCUACUCUGAAACUAAGACCCGGGAGGUACGAGAUCAAGUUCUUGGUUGAUGGAGAGUGGCAACUCUCAACUGAACUCCCCACUGUGGGUGAGGGACUAAUGCAAAAUAACUUGCUGGUGGUAACCAGUUAGUUUACCUUUGGCUUUCCAUGAACGAUUGCUCUAGUAAAUGCAAUUGCAAUGUCAGAUUUGCGUACCAGCUCUUAUGAUAUAUGGUUGAACUGGUUUAUAGUUCUAAUGCCUUGUUGCCCUUGCUCAGUUUUAUGUUUCCUUGUAGCUUUGUUUAUUGCUCUUGCUCAUACUUUUCAUUGUAGCUUUGAUUUUUGUAGUAAAUGCUGCUAUAGUUAAUACAACUGUUUGUGUUGAA